AUGGAGGCCACCCUGCUGAGCUGCGUCCUGGCGCUGCUCUGAGCGUCCUCGGCGCAGGCUGAGGUCCUGGGGCAGCCAGAUUUUGAUGCCAAAGAGUUCUCAGGCCUCUGGUACGUGGUGCCCAUGGUCUCUGACUGCAAGGUCUUCAGGGACAAGAAGGGCCACCUGCUGACGUCCACCAGCAACAUCAAGGCCAUGGCGGAGGGCAGCCUCAGCGUCCACAUGCAGCUCCCCGGGGCUGAAGGCUGUAACCAGAUGGGUGCCGCGUAGCUGAGGGAGGGCUGCCAGGGGCACAUCCGAGCCCCGAGAAGCGAGCCCCCAGGCUUGAAGGCCUUCCAGGACUUCUACCCGACGGUGGGGCUGCCGGAGGACACGGUGGUCACGCUGCCCAAGUCAGGGAACGACCUUUCCCACGCAAGCUUCGCACCGCCCGCCGUCGUUUCCCCCACCCGGGGGAGGAACCCCCCACCCGGCUCUGCGGUCCAGGCCCGUGGAGCGGCUGUGGGUGUCACGGGGCCCGGAUGCACGCCCCGUGAGCAUUUGGAGGCCAAGUUCACCGAGGACACCCUUGGGUGA